UCACAAAUGCUUCUAGUUUGUCUCAGCCUCCAACAAUCAUUGCGUGAUGACUCCACCAAAGGUUCGAAGCAUCCGAAUUUCAAAGGUUGUCUCAUUAGCAAGUAAGUUAUCCGUAUUUGCGUCUGUAUAUUACAACAAAUUAAGUAGAGAGCGUGGGAGUAUCAUUCACUUUUCUGGGGAAUGCUGGGAUAGGGAAAAAUCCCUUGACCGCAAGGCGUGAAACAACAUCAUCUCGUGAUCUACGAUAGACAAAUCAUAUGACCAGUCCUUAGACUGCGUGAAGGAUUAAAGGACAGUUCAUCCCUGGAUUCAAAACGCAGGUGAUUCUAUUUAUUUUCAGUUGCUAGAAUCGUGUGUCCAAGCGUGUCUAGCAACCAUUUACACCGUGACACUGUCAAGUUUUUGUCAUACAUAGGAAUGCAUCCUCUGUUUAGUAAGGAUAACCGGUUCCUACCAUUCCUGUUCUUGAAUUUCGAAAACCAUCUUCUGAAUUUUGACUGAUACUAAAACAGGAUCCCACUGUUCUAAGGGAUUCUGUACUGAUAGAUGCUUCUGUUUCCCGUUAGUUGAAUGAAUUUGGAUGAUGCAACGCUGUAACUUACAUGAUUUCCGUAAAGUAGCAUCAUCGUAAUCAGUGGUGACUAAAAAAAAUUGGGCGGGAUAGCUAAGUUGAACGUCACCACGUAAAAUUCGUCAAGCUAAGCUCCGAGUAUAAAUAAUAAUAUAACCACUCUUUCCCUGUAGUCUUUAAGUAACUGGCUAUAGAGUGGAGGACGAUAUGUCUCUUCUAGCUCCUUUACGACUGACCUGCGCACUGCAGUGAUACAAGCAGCGUCCUUUUCUUUGAUCUUCCUCCGAAAGGGAAUUGCAAAUAAAUUCUAACAUCUACUCAUGCGAUGACACAAUUUCUCCUCUCCAAUAACCUAGGUUUUUUGAUAUGUAUGUUUUUAGGUAAUCCGCAACUAAUAUCUCUUCGGAACAUCAUCUCGUUUGGUUUCAUCGCCUCCUUCUGUCCCAAGGGAUAAAAUCAAUUUAAAUGCAUAAUGAAGCAAUCGUUCUCGCCAAUCACUAAGGUGGUUGAAGAAACCUACACCGUUGGCAACCGUACAGGUUUCUUAAACCACAUGAUUCCUUACGUUCUUGCGGCUUUAAUACAGUGCUGUUUUUGAGAUGCUCCCCAAUCACUGAUGUGGUUGAAGAAACUUUCACCGUCGACAACCGUACGUGAUUGCCGUGAUUGAGGCUUUUCAUUUUUACGAUGUCUUCGUUUGUAAUUCAGUGCUAUUUCUGGGAUACUCAAUCGCUUUUACUCUUUUACUUAUAAGCUGCUUCCGUUCACGAGCACAAUUUUUCCGGUAUAGAGCACCGCCAUGCUAUCAAGAUAGUCACAACGAAUUUCUGCUUACUCAUAAAUGUGGGCGUCUUCAUUUUUGAAAUACACUUGAACAAAGUCUUGCCUUUAAAAAAAAUGAUAAUAAUAAUUAUAGAGAAAACACCUUUCCGAACAUAAAGACAAGUGAGGCGUCGCACUUAUUGUGUCCACUGGCUGGCUGCAUCGUUUCUUAGGUAUAUUGAGCGAUUUUGAUCGAAGCAACCGAUGAAACCCUCUCAAUGAACCAUAAAAAUAAGCUUGUGAUUUACGGAAUCCCAAUUGCAUGCAUGUUUUCAUUAUGGAAGCUCCAAUAUAUAUUUGAAUGACUCUUUGUAAUUGUAUUAAUAACUUGGAAAGAUAAUUUUUUUCCGGUUUGCCGACCCAAAGUACAAAGCUGUGUCCUUUUAUGUCCUUUUAUGACUGAAUAGGGCAAUGCCUAAAUUUGGUUCACCGAUUAGGGGCAAAUAGGGCUAAUUCAGGCAUUGCCCUAUUUGGUCAUAAAGACACAGGACCGGUUAUUUAAACGAAGUUUAGACAGCGUUUAUGAAAGUCGUCGUCUAACCAAUGUUUAAACCAUGAAUAUCGAUUAUUCAAACGUUGUUCUUCCAUUACUGUGUGUUAGACUUUGUCUAAACACCGACUAAGGAACAACAGUGAUUUAGACCAGCUCACAAGUAGGUUUAAACGUUGUUAAACGGGUUUUUCAUGGUCAGCCAUUUUGAAAUGGACGGACUACUGACAGCGCUACAGACAGUAAAGAGACUACGCCAACCGAGGUAACAUACAUGUUAGACACAUUCGGCACCUUAGGGAAAGAUUUAACCCUUUAGAAGAAUACGUUGACGAAGAAUUUCGAUUGCAUUUUCGCCUUAGAAAGGCCGCGCUCAUUGACCUCGUAGGAAUUUUGGAUAAAGAUCUUCAACAUCAAACAAGGAGAGGUCUGCCCUUACACCCAUGCAGCAAGUUCUAAUUGCUUUCAGAUUCCAUGCAACAGGAGCUUUCGAGCGGGUUAUUGGUGUUUUAUUUGGUGUUUCUGUAUUAGCUGCAUGCAAGGUAAUUCACAAGGUUUUAAAGGGCUAUCGCGAAACAAAAAGGAAAUUUCCUGUUAUUCCAUGGAAACUUGGCAGAUACUAGGUGAAAGUUUUAUGAUGUUGCGCACUUUCCAGGUGUGAUCGGGGCCAUUGAUUGUACCCACAUAAGGAUCAUAUGUCCAAACAAAGAAAAUGCUAUGGCAUUUGUUAACUGACGAUCAAUAAUUACGUUUAACUUAUAAUAAAUUAUCAUGCAAUAAACGAUAUUUUGAGGCUUUCAAAAUUUACUGUACUUCUGACUGUCCUCCUUUUUUGUGAGUUUUGCUUCUUUCCUGCAAAUAACUUCAACAUCAGCAAAUAACUUCAACAUCGCAUAUGGUAGAGUCCCUCUCGUCUUUGUCACGUCUUGAAUUAGGUUCCUCUCCUGCGUCAUCAUCAAAUGGUUGCUCUAGCGGAUUCACCGAAGUUGGUAUAACAUCGGCAACUAAUUUACUCACUUCACUUGGGGAGGCAGGAACUUUCCCUCCGCCAGUUUUUCUUGCUUCACGACGUUGUAAAUCGUAUUCUUUCUUGGACUGGAAUUCAUGUCACUCACGCCUCCAGCAUCCUUGGAUCUGAUUCAUGUCCCGUCUGAUUCCAUUUGGAUUUCGGGAGCUGAAUUUUUGAAAAAUUUCUUCCCAAGCAUUUGCUUUCUUUCUCAAUGUUUUAUUAUUGUAGCCUUUACUUUCCACUUCUAGGGAUUCUCUUCCCAAUUCUGCCAGCAAAAGCUUUUCUUCUUCACUAAAAUUGGGCGUUCGACCGGAUUUAAAGGCCAUAAUGAGUCACAACCUCCAAUAUGGAAAUGUGCAUACAAAUAACACCACAGACAAUACACUUCCUCGUGAGACAUUGUUUAGCCAUUGACUAAAAAAAACACGGUUCAAGGGCGUUUUAAAUGUAUUUUAAACAUGGUUUAAUCGAGACAACGUCUAAACCACGGCUUGGCCCUAAACACGGUUUAACUUAGACUUCGUUUAAAUAACCGGCCCACAGUAUCUUGCAAUUGCCUGUUUUUCUUUUUUUAAUGAUUGCCUCAUCAAAAACGAAAAAUGAAUAAAUUUUCCUGGAUAACCUCAAAAUUUUUGUCGGAAUUUUGUCUGAACCACGUUUAGAAUUGUUUCCAUACAAAAGAGGUUUGUUUCUGUUUUCAAUUACUUUACAGUUACAUCUAUUUGUUCAUGAAAACUUUUAAAUGUCACUAUAAAAUUCACACCGAACAAAAUAACUUAGCAAACCAAGUGAUAUCAUAGUAAUGAAAGUGAUACAUAAAGAAAAGGAUCGGAAAAGUUGAAAUAAAACACACAAGGUGGCACCAAGGGGAACAAAGAGGGAACCUUGCCUGGCUCCUGGAUGCUAUAAUUCAUAGCUUAUGUGUAUCUAAAGUGUUGACAAUUUAGUAAGGUAAUCGCAUGGAACCGAGUUAAAUCAAGGAUUAACAUCACGCGUGUUUUAGGAGCGACGAGGGCACUUUCUGCCGACUUCUGAAAACACAAAUGACAUCAAUCCUAAUUUUUUAGAAGAGAACAAUGCGAUUACAUGUUAGUGAUAUAAAAAUUAAGAUGUUCGAAACGCACGUUAUUGCGCAAUUUCGUAGAAAGCCAUUUCAAUGUUCAUUACCGUCAAUGAACUGUAAAAGGCACGAAUUUUAUACAACAACGCCAAAGCAAUGAAAUCAGUCCUGCUAAAAAUUAUUCGUGAUAAAUGAAAUUAAAAGAAUUAUUUUAAGUUAAAGUUAAGCCUUUCUUAAUGUUUUCAAUCUCCAGUAAUUUUGCCGAGGCAAUUAUCAAAAUUAAUCAAAAACGCCCUCUGUCUCAGCCAGUCAACAUUUAGUAAUUUUGCCCUCUAUGAUAUAAAAGCUAUAAUUGUCGCUAGUUUGUGAAUUGUGUGUUUUUUCAUUAUUUUCAUCCUGUCAGAAUGAGUUCCAAGAAGACAACCGGUUGUUCUCAGGACCGAAAAACAAGGCUUCCAAAGCAGGUGAGCCUUUUUUCUUGACCGUUAUGCACAACAAUUAAAUCGUACAAAGAUUACUUCUCCAGACAAACAUGAAAUACUUCUCGAGAAGGCUGAACUUUACUCUAGAGUCUUGAAAGAGGCGCAGGAUUCACACUGAGCCAUUAUUAAACUUCCGGCAGAGACCAUUAUUCUAUACAUGCCAUUUAGACUUUCUAAGGAUGCUAAAGCCCGAGCUAAAUGCUGGAGCUUGACACUUCGUAUAAAAGUAGAUUUUCGAGUGAAAUUAGAACAGAGUUUUAGAGUCAUGUUAGCGUGUCAGCUGCGCGUUUGACUUUUUUUUUGCCUAGAAUGAACGAAGAGGGAGUACCGGAAGAAAUGACAGCAUAACUUCUCCGACUAUUGAAUUGUUGUGCGUCAUUCACAGGAAGUUGUUUUUGGGCUGUAUAUAUUUACAACAAUUCUCACGACAAAUAUCAUCAACAUUUUCAGUUUUCUGGAUUGCAAUGUAAAUAUAGUUCGAGAUUUCUAUCGAAAAGAAGUUUAACAUUCUACUCUAAGCUAGAUUGAUUUCUCUCUGCUAAAGGCAGAUUUACUUAGACUUAUCAAUUGAUUAUAGUUCCUCUAGUUGCGUUACUGGUUUUCUAAUCAUUUUCACAAUUCACUUACUUAUCUCCUGCCUUUAUUUGUUAAGGUUUAUCCAGAUAAUUUAAUGAGACAUGAAGUGCGUGAAUUAGAAGCCUUUGUUGCUAACCAUAAUAUAUGCAGUGCUGACACGGGACUCUCAGAGGUAACUAAAUGUGUUUACCUGUAAAAUGAAGAGAGCCAAAUUGACCCCAAAAGCCAAAUUGGCCUCAGUGUCUUGAGGUAAGGGCCUCAAGGUUCGUUUUGAACCGCUAUUUAAGCCAAAACGGGUCGGACAGGUAUCAUUUCGACCUCUCCAAAAUCUUAAUUCAAGUACCUUUGGGUUGUAUUAAAUUUUGCUUGUUUUUGUUCAGUUUUUUUUAUUUGGCAAUUGUUUUUUAAAUCUCCUGUCGUCAAACCCUUAGAUAAAUAUUACAUGCAGAAUAGCUGAUUCUUUUCAGAUAUUUUGGGAGUUGUGCAUUUUUUUUUUAAUAUCCUGUCGUCAAAACCAUUAGAUAAUUAUUGCACAUGGAAUAGCUGAUUCUUUUCAGACAUUUUAAGAGUUGUGCAUUAUUUUUUUUUAAUUGCCUGUUGUCAAGCCAUUAGAUAAAUAUUGCACAUGGAACAGCUGAUUCUUUUCAGAUAUUUUGGGAGUUGUGCAUUAUUUUCAAGCCUUGAAGGGAAGACAAAUUAUAAGCAUUGAGCCAAAUUUCCACUUCCAUUUCUAGUGUUUUGGCUUAUAGUUUUUAGAAAAACAUCUUAUAUAAAUAUAUAUAUAUAUAUAUAUAUAUAUAUAUAUAUAUAUCAUCUAAGUAAAUAAAAUGAAAUGAGAGGAAAGUGACCAACUAAAAAUGGCAGACUAGCUGGCAAUUUUUACUGGCUACAGGCACUUUUUGCACUUUGGCUUGUUUUCAAUAUGGUUGUAAAAUUUAUUUAUAUUACAUAGGGUAGCUGAUGUUGACUCAGCAAUCAGAAAUUAUGUCCAGCACAAAUUGCAAUUGUUGGAGAUCUCCAAUACAUCAAUAUCCUGUAUAUUAGAAUUUUUUCUUGUGGGAGGUGACAAAUUAUACUUCCCUCUGUUACUAAGUAACAGAGGGAAGUAUAAUUUGUCACCUCCCACAAGAAAAAAUUCUUGAUGCUCUCAUUGGGUGCUAAUAGUUCAUUUUAUAUUUUCAAUGUUUCUUAUAAUCAGUCAAAGGCAAUUUUGACUUUUUUAGAGCAAGUGUUGCUUGAAAUUGCAGGGCACAGGCAGACUCUUGUCACUAUUUUUUACUCUGUUUUCAAUGACUUGGCAAAUGCCCAAGGUAGUACUUGCUGAAAUUUUAUAUUUUGAUCAUAUCUAAAGUAGCAAUAUGAGUGCAUGUAUUCUCACAUCCACUGGUAGAAUACUCAAUGCUGCUCUAAGGUUCUUUGUUUUUCAGAUGCACAAGUCAAACAAGAUCUAUAUUCUUGGGCAGGAACUAGACCAUUUGUUGCAUUUCUUAUUUUGACAAUUUUCUGUCCUUUAAAUCAGUCUUCAUCGUAAGCUGCAUCACAUUAUCACAUUUGCUAAGUCAUUGAAAAAGGAAGCUUUACUCACAAGUGUCUCUUGGGUGUAAUUUCUAGCAAUGCUUGCACUGUUUAGAAGUAUACUGAUAUAUGGAAGAGACCUAUUUUAGAAAAUAAUUGAAUUAAUGUUAAAUAUGUAUGUAAUAUGUUGUUCUACACUGUAAAAUGAAAAGAGUUGAUUUGGCCCAAAAAUGGUGCCAAAACAAGUGAGUCCAGUUUGGUACUGGCUUGGGGUCAAUUUGGCCCCAUUGAAAUGGGGCUGUUUUUGGCACCAAUUUUUGGGGUAAAUCAACCCAAUUGUAAGAGCCAAAUUGGACCAUGUGAAAGGCCAAUUUGGAAAAUACUGGACCCUCAUUUGAAUUUAAAGGGGCUAAAACGGCCCCCAGAAUUUCAGCCCUCCCACAAAUGACCCCCUUAAAAGUAGCCAAUUCAGCUCCAAUUUGGGCCACUUCAGAAGUAGAGAGCUCUUUCCUCUUCAUACUGAUUUCCCCCCUUACUUUUCACCCUCACAUAAUGAAAACACACCACAUACUUUAUCUUUCAAACACUCAUUUAUUUGGUUCUUGAUAUUGUUUAUGUAAAAACCUUUCACAUUGCAUGAUUUUACAGUUAUUAAGAGUCUUAAUUGUGAUAUAAAACAGACAAACUUUGAAACAUCCUAUGAAAGAAUAGAAGAAACAUACAUAUUUAACAUUAAUUCAACCAUUUUCUAGAAUAGAUCUCUUCCCUUAAUCAGUACACUUCUUAACAGUGCAAGCAUUGCAAGAAAUUACACCCAAGAGACACCUGUGAGUAAAGCUUCCCUUUUUAAUGACUUAGCAAAUGUAGUAAUGUAAAGCAGCUUAUAAUUAAGACUGAUUCAAAGUACAGAAAAUUAUCAAAAUAAGACAGAAGCAACAAAUGGUCCAGCUCCUGUACUAGAAUAUAGAUCUUGUUUGAUUUCUGCAAAUGAAAAACAAAGAGCCCUAGAAUAGCAUAGAGUAUUCUUCCAAUGGAUGUGAGAAUACAUGCACUCAUAUUGCUACUUAAGAUAUUAUCAAAAUACAAACUAUCAACAAGUACUACCUCAGGCAUUUGCCAAGUCAUUGAAAACAGAGUAAACAGCGACAAGAGUCUGCCUGUGUCCAAUUUCAAGCAAUGCUUGCUCUAAAAAAAGUCAAAAUUGCCUUUGGCUGAUUGUAAGAAACAUUGAAAAUAUAAAUGAGCCAAGUAACCCAAUGAGAGCAUCAAGAAUUUUUUCUUGUGGGAAGUGACAGAUUACACUUCCCUCUGUCACUAUAUUCAGGAGAUUGAUGUAUUGAAGAUCUCCAACAAUUGAAACAUUGAAAAUAUAAAUGAGCCAAGUAACCCAAUGAGAGCAUCAAGAAUUUUUUCUUGUGGGAAGUGACAGAUUACACUUCCCUCUGUCACUAUAUUCAGGAGAUUGAUGUAUUGAAGAUCUCCAACAAUUAAAAUUUUUGCUGGACAUAAUCUCUGAUUGCUGAAUCCACAUCAGCUGCUCUAUGCAAUGAAAACGAGUUUUACAAACAUAUCAAAAUCAAGCCAAAGUGCAAAAAGUGCCUGUAGCCAGUAAAAAAAAAAGAAUAUAUCUAUAUAUAAUGUUUUUCUAAAACUAUACGCUAAAACACUAGAUAUGGAAGUGGAAAUUUUGCUCAAUGUGUCUAAUUUGUCUCCCCUUCAAGGCUUGAAAAAAUAAUGCACGACUCCCAAAAUAUCUGAAAAGAAUCAGCUAUUCCAUGUGCAAUAUUUAUCUAAUGGUUUGAUGACAGGAAAUUUUUAAAAAAUUGGAAAAUCAGAAAAACUAAACAAAAAGAAGGCAAAAUUAAAUACAACCCCAAAGUACUUGAACCUUUGUAUCUGGACUUCAUUAGCAAAUGGGCUCAGAAAUUUUAGCAGCUCAUCUUUAGUACCAAAGCAGCAGUUUUUUGGACUCAUACAUGUACCUCCAAAAUGCUCACAUCUUCAUUCAAUGCAUAUGUGAUGGAAAACACACAAGAACAAAGGUCAUGAUCUUAUAAGGUGAGAGUGAUUAUUUUGCAACUCUUUAGUUUAAGGCAAGAGAUUCAGCACCACAAAAUUGUCCCUCUUCACUGCAAGCAGAAGAAGCAAAGCAAUAGAUUUUUAAACCAUACCAAUCCUUUCAGUUUCCAAGUCGACCUAGUCUAGUAUCCCACUAGCCAUACAAGGAUACUUUGCAAUAAUUUUUUUUGCAAUCCACUACAGCUCAGAGUACUUUGGGCUUCUGAAUAUCCAACUCUACUGAGGUAGAGAACUGUACAAAAAAAGCAAAUGAGCAAAUUAAUUUGUCGUUGGAGAACAUUAAAUUUUUGCAACUACAAAGUUGCAAAAUAUGUGUAAGCAAACUGUGCAUAAAAAGUAAAAACACAAUAAUGGUGAUCAUCAAUGAUGUAUUUUCACCAAACUGUAUAUGUUCUUAUCAAGAAAAGAAAUCAUACUUCUAUGCACUUCAGUUUUAGUUCAGUAUUCAUGAAUUAAUAAGGAUUGCUUGUAGACUAAAAAACAAAACAAAUAAAAGUUUCUUACCCUCAAUGGUAGUUGGAAUUUUGAAAGCUAUCCAGGAGGAACCUAUGGGUAAAUAUUUGUUUUCAAAAAAAUUAAUCUGUCUGAUAACAUCCUAUCAAUUCACUAAUUUUUUAAUUUACCAGAUUUAAACAUUGGGUUUACUUUGUUUUAUGCAUGGUGCAAGUAAAUACAUAUCUAAUAUAUUUCAAUUAAAAUAAAGCAAAUCUCACCAUUUUUGUAGGUGCUAUCCCCGAGAUUUCUCAUCUUUAAUUGACCAACUGGCACCUUGUGUGUUUUCCUUUGGGAUAAAAUCGAAAGAAAGUAAUCAAUAAUGUACUCUUCACCAUCCUGCUAAGUCAGUUAAAUAUACAAGAACUUACUUAGACAAUGCUCAGUUCUGUCGCCUCGUCCGUAAAACAGAGAUCCUUGGGCGAUUUACCUUUUCUUUCGGUGCCGAUGUCACUUCUAAAUUUUCAUAAUCGCUGAUGUUUUCUGAAUCAUCAAUUAACGUUUUAAAAAAUUCACAGCAUAAAGUUGAGUAAGUCAAUCGAUAGUUUAUUGUGCCGGUUUCGACCGAGCGAAAAAUUUACUUCUACCGGUUUGUUGCCCUUACAACAUCCCAAAUCCCUGCGUCCUUGUGUCGUUUAAGUCGUGAUGGGACUUCCAUGUAACCAAAAUUGUUGACAAUUUUGGGAUAAUUAUCAGUCAUUUCAAAAAUUGCACCUCGUUGGGGCCAAAAUUGGUAAAUCCUACAUAGCUCUUGAAAGGGCCAAAUUGAGAAAAAGUUCCAAAGUAGAAUUCAUUUGGGCCAAUUCAGAUUUUGGAGAGGACGAAAUGGUACCUGUCCGACCCGUUUUAGCUUAAAUAGUCCAAAACGAACCUCGAGAGGCCAAAUUGGCCCUCAAGACAUUGGGGCCAAUUUGGCUUUUGGGGUCAAUUUGGCUCUCUUCAUUUUACAAUGAAUUCUUUCACACGAUAUUUCAAAGUUUGUCUGUUUUAUACCACAAUUAAGAUUCUUAAUAACUGUAAAAUGAUGCUCUGUAAAGGGUUUUCACAUAAGCAAUAUCUAGAACCAAAUAAAUGAGUGUUUGAAAGAUAAAGUGUCAUGUGUAUUUUCCUUACUUGACUGUGUGGAGAGGAAAGAGCCCUCUACUUCUGAAAUGGCCUCUCAUUGGAGCUGAAUUGGCUCUUUUUAAAGGGGUCAUUUGUGAGAGGGCUGUAAUUUCGAAAGCUGUUUUGGCCCCUUUAAAUUCCAGUGUGGCUCCCGUAAUUUCCAAAUUGACCCUUCACGUGGUCCAAUUUGGCCCUAACAAUUGGGUCGGUUUAGCCCUCAAAAAUUGGUGCCAAAAACAGCCCCAUUUCAAUGAGGGCAAAUUGACCCCAAGCCAGUAAUAAACUGAACUUUCGCCCCAGUUUUUGGGCCAAAUCAACUCUCCAUUUCACAUGAACUUGGUAGGUAAACAUACUAUUUAUUAACUUUCCCAGACGAGGCAAAGAACAACGCAACUACGCAUGCACAGGACUAUGGUGCAAAGUUAAAAAUUUAACAGAUUCUGGUGCAUGCAGUUCAACACCUGUGCAGUAGAAGAUUAGUGAGUUUUCCCCAUACGAGAUAACUAAUGAUAUAUAGCCGUGGCUACAUCGUUAUUGUAUCCUUCAACGUAAAAUUAUGUGUCUCCAUAUAAAAAGUAUUCAGCUGUUAUUCAAUAGCAAGUGUGGGAAUAUUUAACAAAUAGAGAAGCCUUGACUGUGCUUUGUUCUGUUGCAAAGCACGCAGGAAGCGGCUAGAGCACGAAAGAAGUGGGGUGAAAAACACGAGACGUUGUCGAAAGUUUCUCCCCACUAUUUUUAAUGUACUUUUUUUGGGGGGUUCUCAACGUCAUCUUCGAAGCAACCCAAUAUAUGACAUAGGAACUGACUGAGCCAGUUGUUGAGUUUUUCCGAGUAACACAAAAGCCAAGAAGGCUUGGGGCAGCCUGUUAUUCUACCAGUACCAAAGUGCGCUUGUACAGUCAGAUGCUUUAAAAUACCAACACCCUGCAUACACCCUGCGUCGUAUAAAAUGACGUAUAAUCGUAUCAAUUUAGAAAUAGAACUAUUUUAACUAUUUUGAUAUUCAAAAGUUUAAAUUCGUGAGUAUACUCAGUCUUUAUAAUGUGCUAACGUUCUCUUCGCUUUAAAUAUGCCGUGUAUGGCUUUUCAGAAUCAUAAAGAGGCAGAAUGUUCCGUGAUUUCA